GCCAGCAACCAACAGAGAAAGACGACGACACGGACGGACGGACACAAUCGUUCUCGAAGUCCUCGAAGUUACACACGGACGGGCGACGACGGUGAUAAAAAUCUUUUUGCGUUUUUCGCACAGUGGAAGUUUGGAGGAUACAGAUUUUUGGAAGUUGAAAGUGCAUCGGGGAAGAUCCGUGUACGGGUAGUGGACAUUGCGUUGGUUUAGUAGAGAACGACCUGGAAGUGAGUUACUCUGAUAGUGAAGCAAAUCGUGAAACCAGAAGCAGCUGUUUCGAGGUCGAGUUUUGAGGGCAGGCAAAAUUAUUUUGCUCUUUCGAUUUCGGGGGACGACGACGACUCGACACGGCAAAAACGGCACGGACCGAGGGAGGAUUUGCUGCUGCACUUUUUCAAAUGGCUGAAAUAAAAGCCAUGGAACACCCGACGUUAAAGGUUCCAUACGAAAUUCUGAACAAAAAGUUUCGCAUCGCACAGAAAACCCUGGACCGUGAACUCAGUCAGAUACAGAAUGCCGCCUCCGAGCUGGAGAAAGGCCUAUCGGAGGGUUCGGCCGGAUCGGAAAUAUCCCGUCUCCUGGGCGGAGUGGUCGAACGCCUGCAAGUCAUGAAGCGCAAAGCCGAGGAAAGCAUCUCGGAAGAACUAUCGGCCGGGCUGGUGUGCAAACGCCGCCUCGAACAUCUAAAGCAGAAUGUGACCCCUCCCAUUGAUGACACAACGCUGGAGCUGCAAGCGGCCGCCACCAACCAGUGGAAAAAGAUCCGCCUAGAUCGGAUGAUUGUGGAGCAUUUUCUCCGGCUGGGAUACUACGACACGGCCGAACGGCUGGCCAUUCGCAGCGGAAUCCGAGAUCUCACCAAUUUGGACAUUUUUCAAAUCACCCGCGAGGUCGAACGGGACCUGGCCAACCGGAGCACGGCCAAGUGCAUCCUCUGGUGCAACGAUAACAAAUCCAAGCUGAAAAAGAUCAACUCCAACAUCGAGUUUCAGCUGCGGGUGCAGGAGGUUGUGGAGCUGAUCCGCGACGACAAACGCCUGAUGGCGGUCGAGCAUGCGCAGAAAUAUUUCCCCGCUUUCGUGCCCGAACAGCUGAAGGAAAUCCGCCAGUGCAUGGCCCUGCUGGCAUUUCCGGUCAACACCGAGAUCGAGCCGUACCGGACGCUGUUCGAUCCGCAGCGCUGGAACGAUCUGGUGCUGCACUUCCGGCUGGAGAACUACCGACUGUUCCAGCUGCCGGCGCAGUCCGUGCUGAGUGUGGCCGUUCAGGCGGGCAUUUCCGCCCUGAAGACGCCGCAGUGCUACUCGACGACGUCCAAGAACUUGAACUGUCCGGUUUGCCAGAAGAACGUCAACGAGAUUGCGGAUAAUCUACCAUUCUCGCAUUGCGCCCAGAGUCGGUUAAUUUGCAGAAUAACCGGCAAACCGCUAAACGAACACAACCUGCCGAUGAUGCUUCCGAACGGGCAAAUCUUCGGCCAGCAAGCGAUAGACCAGAUGCGCCAGGACAACGACACCAUCGUGUGUCCGAAGACGAACGAAAAGUUCCGCUCGCCAAAGAUCGAGAAGGUGUUUGUCAUGUAGUAGGUAGCCUGCUAUCUGCUGUUACUAUGGUUUGGCAAACCACCAAAAAGAAAAAAAAGGUUAUUGGAUAGUAUCUGGAGAGUUUAUCAUCAUAAAAUAAGAGAAGACGUGAAAAAACAAACUGCUACAAGAAACGGGCGCACCCGAUCGCUGCGGUAUUAUAUAGUAUCUAAGUAGGCGAGUUCAACCGAACAGACACACCCACACCUAUACAUACGGAAAUUGGAAUCAAAAUUUAAACCGGUAGGUUGUCUCAUCUUUUAAUUGGAUUCUUUUGUUUUUAUCUAUCUAUCUUUCGUCAGUUAUUUAACAUUUUGACAAACAAUGAAGUUUAAAUUUUAUCUCACUGGUCAGUUGUACCCAGUUUUACCAAUGCCACGGAUUUUCUACUAGUGUCAGCAUUGAAAUAACUAUAAUUCUGUGCUUAGUAGAAGAGACAAAGCAACACUCUAAAAAUAAUUUACUUGGCAAUUUCGAUAAUAAAAUGCCGGUAUUUUCAGUGUGUAUGGCAUUGAAAUCACAAUCGCUACAGCUGCCUCAUCAUUCGUUGAAUCCAGUUUUAAUUACACGAAACUAUAUAAACAAUAAACAUUGAUGAAUUUGAAUUUAUUUUCGCAUAAGCUAAGAUCGAUCUAGCAAUAACUUAUUAGGUACUGUAAAUGUAAAGCAAAUCAGAAACAAAAAACCUAUUUUGCUAGUAGCGAUAAAAAAAAGCGAAAGCUGAGUGCAAAUCCGUUUCACAUACCAAACCAAUGCCAUCUCUGUUUUACGCAGCAUCUAGCGCGCGCUUGUGUGUGCGUGUGUGUAUAGAUGAACCUUGUUGUGAGUAUACCUACUAUACGAUGAAAUAUUAUUGACUUUAUUUCUUCUGAUUCAAAAUACCUAUACGAAGAAAAGCCUGCUACGUAAGAAGUUAGAGACUCAUUCGGAAGAUCUGUCGUCGGCAAUGCUUACAGUUUAUUUCAGCUCCUUGUUGGAGCCACAUAAGUAUAUCAUCAAGUGUGAAGAAAAAUAUCAAAAUUUUAAAUUGCUAGGUAUCUGUUUUCUUUUUUUUGUUUUAAGUGUUGAUUGCGAGCAAUGAAAUGAAUAAUAUAGAUUUUUUAUCUUUAUAUAACAUUGAUCAUCCCAA